AGGGGGCGAGUCAUGCCCGGGCGCCCCUAGCAACCUUUGGCCUCGCGCAGGCGCGCUAAACCCUGCCUUUAAACUCGGAGGCGCCGCGCUGAGCAAACCGUACUGGUCGGCGCUCCAGGCCAGUACGUCGGGCGUCCCGCACACAGCCAUGUCAUCAGCCACCCGAGUGGCGCUGGUGACCGGGGCCAACAAGGGCAUCGGCUUCGCCAUCGCGCGCGACCUGUGCCGCCAGUUCUCCGGGGACGUGGUGCUCACGGCGCGGGACGAGGCGCGGGGCCGCGCGGCCGUGCAGCAGCUCCAGGCCGAGGGCCUGAGUCCCCGCUUCCACCUGCUGGACAUCAACGACCUGCAGAGCAUCCGCGCCCUGCGCGACUUCCUGCGCAAGGAGUACGGGGGCCUGGACGUGCUGGUCAACAACGCGGGCAUUGCUUUCAAGACUGAUGAUCCCACACCGUUUCAUAUUCAAGCAGAAGUGACCAUGAGAACAAACUUCUUUGGUACCCGAGAUGUGUGCACAGAACUGUUGCCUCUAAUGAAACCCCAAGGCAGAGUGGUGAAUGUGUCUAGCAUGGUGAGUCUGAAAGCCCUUAAAAAGUGCAGCCCAGAACUGCAGCAGAAGUUUAGAAGCGAGGCCAUCACAGAGGAGGAGCUGGUGGGGCUCAUGAACAAGUUCGUGGAAGACACAAAGAAAGGCGUGCACAGGAAGGAGGGCUGGCCUGAUACUGCCUAUGGAGUGACAAAAAUCGGUGUCACGGUCCUGUCCAGAAUCCAUGCGAGGAACCUGAGUGAGCAGAGGAGAGGUGACAAGAUCCUCCUGAACGCCUGCUGCCCUGGAUGGGUGAGAACAGACAUGGCGGGACCUAAAGCCCCUAAAAGCCCAGAAGAGGGAGCAGAGACCCCUGUCUACUUGGCCCUUUUGCCCUCUGAUGCUGACGGACCUCAUGGGGAGUUUGUUAUGGAGAAGAAAGUUGAACAAUGGUGAGCUUAAUUCACAGCUCCAUCCAUGGAUCCCUUUAUGAUACCCCCUCCUUUCACCAAAAGGACUCUUCCACUGUCAGUCGUAUCCCUCUCCAUAGCAAGAAAACAUAUAAACUAUCCCUGUUGAGUAUUCAAUUUGAGGAGGCUACUAAUUCAGGGAUAAGGGACAGAAUAAAUGAAAUAACCCCAGAGAUGAAUAAACCUCUAUAAAUGCCUAUUUAUGCAGACUCUUUAUAUGCUGAACCAGCUAAGAAGUCUACUACACCUAAUAAGAUCAAGAGAAGUUAGAGUUUUGCUCAAGGGUAAGCAAACAUACAAAGAGGCAGACAGUAAUAUGUUUAGCUUUGCAGGCCACACACUCCUGUCACAUCUCCUCAGAUCUGCUGUUGUAGCAUGAAAGAAACCACAGAAAAUAUACAAACCAAUAAGCAUGGUUGGAUGUGGCAUGCAGCCCAUUGUACCAGCCUCUAGCAUGGCAUGGACAACACCAUGAAGGGAAGACAUCCCCCGGGGUCUCUGAAUAUCUAACUCAUUGGGGAAAAGAAACCAUUACCAAGUGUGAAAUGGCAGUGGGAACUUAGAUACAUCCCUGGGCACUCUGAGACAUGGAGAAAAUUGAGUAUGGAAUGGGUAUGGAUGAUGAGUCCCCGGGAGUGAGGCCCAAGACACCAGUGUGACGAGAAGAUUCUUACUGCCCCGUCCAAGCCUGGCUCCCUGUGGGCCUGACUGACUGUCCACCACAUGCCUGGCUUCACAGGAAUAUGCAUGUUGGAAAUGUGCCUCUACUACACUGAUUAUUUUUCACUCUUCACCAGGGGUUUUCAGCCUCACCCAAAUGAAAGGUGAGAGACCCUGAAAGCAAAACUUUUAAAAGUUUUUCACUUCAAAGGGCUGAAAACGUCCUCCCUGUUAUUUUGCGUUUAAUUUUUUACUUUGCGUUUCUGAACUGACACAUGAGGAAUAUCAAUGUCUAGGACAACACAGUGGAUCCUACCGUAAAUUUGCAAAAAUACUCUGAUGUGAUCACAUAGGUCUUUUCUCCUUGAUAUUUUAAAACAACACCUAAUUAUAUAAAAUACUUUUUAACUGUGACCUUAACCUAAACCAAAAAAUAGGCACUUCAGGCAAACGGGAUUAUGAAACCAUUAAAUCAAACAUUCCAAUCAA